AUGAAGCGGCUCGAAUCAAUUGGAGAGAAGUUCCUCCACAUUGACGGCGAUGAUGUGAAGGAGUCUUGCUUGGCGAUUGCGGAGGAGGGGGCUACUGCUAUCUUUCUCACCAGCGUCGUCCGGCCAACUCUGACUACCAUUCACCGAACCACCACCGUCAAAACACUGCCUCUUUCUCCUUUACUUCUUCAUACCAACCAUUUCGACUUGCAUCCCCACCCUCUCAGAUCGAAACUAAGAACCCUAAAUCCCCAAAUCGAUUUCUUCGGUCGAUUCUUGAUUCUCAAGCCAGACUUCCUUCAUCUCAAAGGUUUUUUGGCGACGUGUGUUUUUGACAUCUCGAGCUCCGGCGAGUGUGUUGCUCAUAGGCCAUGCGCAGUCGCGCCUUGGAGGGAUUUAGGAGCAACAGUCGUAGUUUGGGACUGGAGCAGUGGCUCGUGUUCACAAUGGAGGACUCUGGUUGAUCUUCAAAUUCGUCUUCAGAAGAGGCUCACGAGUUUGGAUAGGCAGUUGGGGGCGUUGUUCGUCGGCAGGGAUGGUUGGGUCGAGUCUCAGCAAGGUAAGGCUACUGAAUUCACGAUUUGGGGCAGAUUGAAGGUAAGGAUCCUGUUUUAG